AUGGAACCAAACAGAUAUAUUAAGGCUGGUUCUGAACCAGUGCCACCAUCUCUAACUCCAGCAGAUAGCACUGUUUUAUCCAGUGAAAGCUUGCCAGCAAACAGAGACUACAUGCCAGAGGUAGGAAAUGGCCAUAUUGCCACAGUGGUUGACAGUGAUACUGUUUUAAUGAAUGGACUCUACAAUGGUGCCAAUUUCAGCAGCCAUCGUGCCAGAAUACCUUCAACAUCGGGCUACAGUAUUAACGCCACAACUCCGGCAAAUCUUCAGAGACUUUAUUCCUUGGAUACUGGCAGAGGUGUGUUUUUUGAGACGUACACAGGCCAAGGGGUUACUGUCUCACUACGAACAUAUGCACACAGGGAGCUGGUUCGAGUCCUGGUCACUGAAUUGGUCCUGUCCAGGGAUAGUGUCUCCAGGGAUGUCGAGGUCACCAUAAAUUUGAACAAAGGAGAACCCAGUGUGGAUGUGGACUUCACCAGUAAUGCCACAACAGGAAUUUUGCAUGGACUGACUAAAGAGGCAGAGUAUCCAGAGCUGGCACCACAGACCAGUUUCUUCAUGUUGUCCUCUCCAUCAUUAGAGGUAACUGUGGAAGCUUUUGAAAACAACAGCCUGCUAACGAGCCAUGUCAAACACUGGAGCAGCCUGUGGCAGAGGGCAUCUAUAGAUGUUGAAGGAGACUUACACAUUUCAAGAAUCAACUAUGCUAGUCUGUAUUACAUCUUGAGUUCUCUGCCUUGGCAACCUGUUCGCAGUGACUGGCCUUUCAUUGGUCUUUCUCCUGGAGGCCUGGCUCACGGAAUUGAAGACAGAGACUACCUUGGGCAUGUUUUCUGGGACCAAGAUGUGUGGAUGUUUCCCUCCAUCGCUUUGCUGUAUCCUGAUUUGGGUCGGAUUAUUGCAGAGACUAGAACAAGGACCUUGUCAGCUGCCAAGAUUUUGGCCAGAGAUACUGGGUUUGAUGGAGCUCGCUACCCAUGGGAGUCUGCAUUAACUGGUCUGGAAACCUGCCCUGCUGAACCUUACCCUGAGCUCGAGAUUCACAUCAACGGAGACGUCCCUCUGAUGGUUCGUCAGUACUGGCAGCUGACUCAUGACCAGGAUUUUAUGUUCAAGAAUUCUGGAGCGGACAUUGUGUGGGAGACAGCUAGAUUUUGGUCAUCUAGGGCUACAUUCAGUGAAACAGAUGGUACCUAUAGGAUCUUAGGAGUAAUGCCACCAGAUGAGUACCAUUUCCCAGUGAAUGACUCGGCCUACACCAACAACAUUGCACAGACCACACUCAACUUCGCUAAUGAUCUCAACAGGAUAUCUGGACUG